UUAAUCAGCGUUUAACGAAUAAAAAAGAAGAACGAACUAAAUAUUUAUUACAAACAGUAUAUUUUUAUAAAAAUGAAAUCGCAAAUCGAAUAUAAACUAAAAUCGGCACCAGAAGACGCAAUUUCCUCAGUUAAAUUUGGUCCAAACACCAAUCAAUUUUUAUUAGCCAGUUCCUGGGAUGGAAAUGUAAGACUAUACGAUGUACUAGCUAAUAAUUUGAGACACAAGUAUUCCCAUGAUGCUGCAGUACUAGACUGUUGUUUUACCGACGCCGUACAUGCUUACAGUGGAGGCUUAGACGCAACAUUAAAAUCAUUCGAUUUUAAUGCCACAAAAGAGAGCACAGUGGGAACUCACGCCGGACCAAUAAAAUGUGUAGACUAUUGUAGUGAAGUGAACGCGAUCUUAAGUGGAAGCUGGGAUCAUCAUGUCAAAAUAUGGGACCCUCGAACACCAAUGUGUAACGGUACUUACAAUCAAGGUGAAAGAGUUUACACUAUGAGCGUUUGUGGGGACAAGUUUAUAGUUGGGACAGCCUUGAGAAAAAUCUUGGUGUGGGACAUUAGAAAUAUGGCUUACACUAUGCAAAAACGCGAAUCGAACUUAAAAUAUCAAACUAGAGCUAUAAAAUGUUUCCCAAAUAAACAAGGUUAUGUCCUGAGCAGCAUAGAAGGUAGAGUAGCUGUGGAUUAUUUAGACACACACCCGGAUGUACAGAAGAAAAAAUACGCGUUCAAAUGUCACAGGAUCAAAGAAGACGGUAUGGAAAAAAUUUAUCCUGUAAAUGCAAUCAGUUUCCAUCCGGCUUAUAAUACCUUCGCCACCGGUGGAUCUGACGGUUAUGUCAAUAUUUGGGAUGGUUUUAAUAAGAAACGGUUAUGUCAGUUCCAUCAGUACCAUACCUCGAUUACCUCGCUGAGUUUCAGCCAUAAUGGCGCGGUACUAGCGAUUGCGUGUUCGUAUUUUCUAGGAGAAGAAAAUUUACCUGAUCCUAUGCCUGAGGAUGUUAUUUAUAUUAGAACAGUGACUGAUCAAGAAACAAAACCCAAAUAUGUUUCACAAGGUUGAUAUUUUAUUUAUUAAGUCGGUAAAUAGUGAAUAUAUUUGUAAUUUUUGUAAAAACCAUUCUUUUGGUGUCUGUAUUUUGAAAUAAAAUGAAAAAUUCGAA